GGCGACUGUCUCUGACCGGAAAAGGCGGGGAAUGAGGCGGAAAUGGAGUGAGCGUUGACAGGAGCUGGAAAGCGCUUCAACUGAGGCCUUGGAGCGGUCUAGGGCCGGUCUCGGGUCGGGAUGAUUCCUACGGAGGAGGCCUCGGCCCGGAGGAGGGAGAUAGAGGAGAAGCUCAAGCAGGAAGAAGAAACGUUGUCUUUUAUUAGUGAGAGCUUAGAAAAAAGUGACCAACUCACCAAAAACAUGGUUUCCAUUUUGUCCUCUUUUGAAAGUCGUUUGAUGAAGCUGGAGAAUUCAAUUAUCCCUGUCCAUAAGCAGACUGAAAAUCUACAGCGUCUGCAGGAGAAUGUUGAGAAAACACUUUUCUGCUUGGACCAUGUUAUAAGUUACUACCAUGUAGCAAAAGACACAGAGAAGAUAAUAAAGGAAGGCCCUACAGGGAGGUUAGAAGAAUAUUUGGGCUGCAUGGCUAAAAUCCAGAAGGCUGUGGAGUAUUUCCAGGACAAUAAUCCUGACAGUCCGGAACUUAAUAGAGUGAAAUUGCUGUUUGAAAAGGGGAAGGACUCAUUGGAAUCUGAAUUUCGUAGCCUUAUGACCCGAUACUCUAAACCAGUCCCACCAAUCCUGAUAUUGGAUCUCAUCACUUCGGACGAUGAAAUAGAAACCCAGGAAGAGGUCACCCUGGAACACCUCCCAGAGAGUGUCCUGCAAGAUAUUGUCCGUAUUUCUGGUUGGCUGGUGGAGUAUGGGAGGAACCAAGCAGUCCAGCCACAGGAGCAACAGGAACAGUUGAUGGUAUCUUCAAGCCCGGUUUGGAGUUUUAACUGUCUGUGUGAGGAUAAGCCACUGCCUGCAGGAGCCCAAAGAGGAAGCCCAAAAAGAGAACCCAGAGAUACUUUCUGCAUAGCCUCUAGGGAGAAUUUUGUAGAGCGGUCAGUCAGAGAAUUGGGACACCAUUGUAACUUCAUGAAUGUUUACUACCAGAUCCGUUCCAGCCAAUUGGACCGCUCUAUCAAAGGGCUGAAGGAACACUUCCGGAAGAAUAGCUCUUCCUCUGGGGUCCCUUAUUCCCCUGCCAUUCAGAACAAGAGGAAAGACACACCGACCAAAAAACCCAUCAAAAGGCCUGGUCUCUUUCUCUUUCCUGUGGCUCUGGUGACAGGCACGAUCCGUAAGGCUCAGAACCUUCUGAAACAGUAUUCUCAGCAAUGUCUAGAUGGGAAAAAGGGGGCCUCUAACCUCAUUCCUAUGGAAGGGAGAGAUGACAUGUUGGACAUGGAAAUUGAUGCAUACAUCCACUGUGUUAGUGCCUUCAUCAAACUGGCCCAAAGCGAGUACCAACUCCUGACUGAAAUUAUCCCAGAACACCACCAGAAGAAGACUUUUGAUUCUCUUAUCCAGGAAUCUUUAGACAACUUAAUGAUAGAGGGUGACAACAUUGUCUCUGCAGCUCGGAAGGCCAUCAUGCGUCAUGAUUACUCAGCAGUGUUGACUAUCUUCCCCAUCUUGAGACACUUGAAACAAACAAAGCCAGAGUUUGAUCAAGUUUUGCAGGGCACUGCAGCCAGCACCAAAAACAAGCUGCCAAGCCUCAUAACUUCGAUGGAGACCACAGGAGCCAAGGCUCUGGAGGACUUUGCAGACAACAUUAAGAACAAUCCUGACAAGGAGUAUAAUAUGCCAAAAGAUGGGACAGUCCAUGAACUCACCAGCAAUGCCAUUCUCUUCUUGCAGCAGUUGCUGGAUUUUCAAGAAACAGCUGGUGCCAUGUUGGCAUCCCAAGUUCUUGGGGACACAUACAAUAUUCCUUUAGAUCCCAGAGAGACUAGCUCUUCAGCCAGUAGCUACAGUUCUGAAUUCAAUAGAAGGCUUCUCAGCACCUACAUCUGCAAAGUUCUGGGCAACUUGCAACUAAACCUUCUCAGUAAAGCCAAAGUUUAUGAGGACCCAGCUUUAAGUGCCAUCUUUCUGCAUAACAAUUACAACUACAUCCUCAAGUCCCUUGAAAAGUCUGAAUUAAUCCAGUUGGUGGCUGUGACACACAAGACACCAGAAAGAUCUUACAGAGAACACAUUAAGCAGCAGAUUUUAACUUACCAGCGCAGUUGGUUAAAAGUAACAGACUACAUCACAGACAAAAAUUUGCCUGUCUUCCAACCUGGAGUCAAGCUCAAGGAUAAGGAGAGGCAGGUGAUCAAGGAACGCUUUAAGGGUUUUAACGAUGGCCUGGAGGAGCUGUGCAAAAUCCAGAAGGCUUGGGCUAUCCCUGACACAGAACAGAGGGACAAAAUCCGGCAGGCCCAAAAGACCAUUGUGCAAGAGGCCUACGCUGCCUUCCUAAGCAGAUAUGGUAAUGUGCCCUUCACCAAGAACCCUGAGAAGUACAUUAAAUACAGAGUGGAGCAGGUGGGUGAGAUGAUUGAGAAACUAUUUGACACAUCUGCUUGAACUCAUCGCCCGUGGAUCCAUGGCUUUCCUACUCUUUUUUUCCAGCUGUCUAUGAAGACCUAUGCUUUAUGCUAGUAUUUAUAAACUCUUAGAAACACAA